UUGCAGCAGCGGACAACGUGUAUGUCCGGGAAGGAGGCGUGCCUGAGUGUGAGGAGGUCGAGGGAGAGGAAGUAGUAGAUUUCAUUGGAGAGGGAAGUGUCAUAUCAAUGGCCUGGUUUACCACAUGUGGAGCAGAGACGGCUGACUGGACCGUUCUACUACAGUCACCAGGUGGACUUGUUGUAUGGUAUAUUUUGGACAUUAAUGGAACAAUGACUUGGCUGGUCACUACGAAUGAGUGAGCUUUACGGACAUGAGCAGACAAGGUUUUGUUGCAGAUGAAAAGGGAUUUGCAAAUUUUACAUAAUUUUGGCAUCGACUUUGAACAAAAAAGCACUAAAAAGGAUUUCCCUCCCUUUGGACACUGAUUGCAAUACGAGGACUGGAUGGCAGCGAGGAUCCGCCAGGACCUCUCAUUCAAAAGACGCCCAUCAUCCUCGCAAAACCUCCAGGGGAAAGGGCUAAAUCAUUGCAGAAUGCACCUGCCAGUGGAGCUCCAGUCCUGGAGAAGCCCAUCAUGUUAAUGAAAGCCAGGGAUGAUGGAGGGAAGCCUGGGACGCCCCCAGAGGCAGCAGCUCAGUCAUCUGGUCCUGGACCCUCCAAGAUGGAGCGAGAAGGGCAGCGACCUACCCAGCCUGUGUAUCAGAUCCAGAACAGAGGAAUGGGUGCUUCUGCUUCAAGCAGCGCAGUAGACCCCAUGGUCGGUCAGUCCAAACUCCUCCCUCCAGAGAAGAUGAAGCACAGUAUCAAGCUGGUGGAUGAUCAGAUGAAUUGGUGUGACAGCGCCAUGGAGUAUUUGAGGGACCAGACAGACAUGUUAGUGGUGGGAGUCAUCGGCCUGCAGGGAACAGGGAAAUCCACCAUCAUGUCUCUGUUAUCUGCCAACACGCCUGAGGAGGAUCAAAGGAGUCACGUGUUCAGAGCUCAGACUCAAGAAAUCAAGGAAAGAGGUGGCAAUCAGAGCACAGGCAUUGAUCUCUUCAUCACACAGGAGAGAGUCAUCUUCUUAGACACGCAGCCUAUCCUCAGUCCAUCUAUUCUGGAUCACCUCAUCAAUAACGACCGGAAGCUGCCUCCAGAGUACAACCUUCCUCACACAUAUGUCGAGAUGCAGUCUCUUCAGAUCGCCGCCUUCCUGUUUACAGUUUGCCAUGUUGUGAUCGUGGUUCAAGACUGGUUCACAGACUUAAACGUUUACAGGUUUCUUCAAACUGCUGAGAUGCUGAAGCCUUCCACUCCGUCUGCGAGUCACGACAGCACCGGCUCUUCGGCUAGCGACGAUGGAGCAGAGUACUAUCCUCACAUAGUGUUCCUCCACAACAAGGCCAGGCGGGAAGAUUUCUGUCCAAGAAAUCUGAAGAACAUGCACAUGGUGGUGGACAAACUGAUGACCCAUUCUCAUCUCAAAUACAAAGGGACUUUGUCCAUGCUAGACUGCAACAUCUUCCCAGGACUGGGUCAAGACUAUUUGACUACAGAGGUCAACAUCUUCUUGCUUCCUGUGCAAGAAAAUGAUGGAGAGGAUCAUUUGAACAAAGGAGGAUCAGGAACGUACCCGCUUUUCUCUCUGCUACCUGGAUACAGAGGACACCCCACCUUCACAACAAUGGUUUCUAAGCUACGCAGCCAAGUACUGGCCAUGCCCCGCUAUCAGCUGUCUCAUACCAUUCUCACAGAGAAAAACUGGUUUCACUAUGCAGCUCGUAUCUGGGAUGGUGUAAAGAAGUCCUCAGCCCUCUCUGAAUACAGUCGCCUCCUCUGUUAGCACCUUGAUUGAACUGCUGUAUACACAGUAGCCUCUGUAAAUGUGGAAAAUAAAGUUUCAUAAAAGACUAUGUUUAUCUGAGAGGCAGCAUGUGCUGUGGCAGUUGCUAACAGCACACUGGACAGGCUUCUUCAAGUUCAUUCCCAACUGUCAUGUUAAUGGCACAUUCUUAUAAACUACAACUCCGUACUCCAGCCCCAGGCCUCAGGAAAUAAUGUUUACAGUCACGAUUGCAUCCUGUACAGAGUAGCAAGGAAAUUGUAAAGAGAGAGGAAGAACAGCUCUCUGAACACCUAAGAAAGAUGUAACAUUUAGAUUUGUACGCCAUUUGUGGACGGAUGGUGCACAUUCUGUGAAAUAAUAAAGAGCUUUCAGUUAGUUAUUUCUUGAUUUCAGUGUGCCAUUAAACGUGCAAGAUAUUUUGUCAUUCAUACAGAAAGAAAAGGACUCAUGGGGGAGAAAACGUUUAAUGGGUUGGUGUUGCUGCGGUCUGUCAAAAACAGGAUACAACUUGUGCAGAUCAGCAGUCAGGGCAACAGCGAUACAGAAAAGAAAGGGGAAAAAAACACCAACAGACACGCAAACUCCUGUGGACACUUUAAAAGUCAUCUAUUAUUCUAACAUUGUGGGCAAGUUCUCGAUGUGUCAGGGCAAAUGUUCAGAUUACGCCUUAAGCAAAUGCAGCAAGUAAGUUUCAUUUCCCUAUAAAGUUUCUUUUUCUAUUCGUUUGCUUUCAUGUGCUACCUCUAUGCCCUGAGCUACUUGUUUUGCCUAACCAAAGUAUUAAAACUUGUGUUCGGAAGCUGCAACAAACCAACUGUGACACUAGCAUGUUGCAACAUUUUCAUGCACCAGACCUUGAACUGCAAUUUGAAUCUUGGAGCUAUAGUUAAAAAGUUACAAAUAAUGAAUUAAUUAAUUUAAAACUGAUUAAAGGAUCCCCCCCCCCCCCCCCCCAAGCUUUGCUUGCACUGGCUUCUUGCGUGAUACUUUCCAAGGUUGUCUUUAAUAGUGGACUCUCAAAGGCUUGGAAAAAGGCGUGUUGGAUUUGACUGCUGGUCAGACAAGUAAAAUUAUUGCACUGUAUAUAUUUUAACAGACAACCAACCAUAUACUUCCUUCCCAGAGACAAUAAUGAUCAAAACUGCAAGCAGCGUUGAUUGGUCCCUCGCACAUUUGCCCCCCCCCGAUGCCACCACAUUCGGGGUAAAAUUCCCUUCAGAGAAGGUCUACUCUACAUAAUGCCCAUCCCUACAACUUAAAAGUUGGUUUCCCAAAAGAGUGGUGCCAAGGCUGCAGAAACCAGCAGCAAAGUACCGUGUAUGUUAUAUAUGCACCAGAUGAUACCAAAGGGCCUUUAAAAAAAUGUGUGUUUUAUGGAGAUGCAUUCAUGAGAUGUGCAUCUGUUCCUGAUCUCCUUUUGUGAGCUUUAUGAUCAGGGGAUAGUAAGGACACCAAAAGUGGAGCUUGGUGGUCUGGAGGGAACAUACCACAUCAACAAAACUUAGUUAAUAGCAAGACCAUCUAAUGUUUUGAAGGUGAUCAGUAGGAUUUUUAAAUCAAUUUUAAAUUCAACAGGAAGCCAGUGAAGGGAAGCAAGUACAGAGGAGAUGUGCUCAUACGUUUUUGUAGCUGUAAUAAGAGAUCUGAAUGGUUGCAAUAGCUCAACCAGUGGAACAAGUUAAUCAUCAAAAAACAGCGGAAGAAUUCAAGAAAGAAGAUCUCAGUAGGUUGAACGUUGACUUAUGACGACCACAUUCCUUUGCCCCUCCGUUUUGCCUCCGCGCCUUCGAGUUGCUCAGUUUAUAAAUAAAACUUGACUUCAUCAUUUUGACCAAUCGCCACAAUUAGUGACAACUAACAAACACAAAUCAUUUUAUUUGUGGGCAGUGCCACUUUCUUCAGGCCAAUCAGCUGCACUAGUGUAGUUUGCUGUGUUUUUCUUUCGACAAGGGGGCCAGUCAGGACACUUAAGAACCCAGCCCACCGGGAUUUGUCCCGCUGCUCCCCAGAGCCUGUUUGGGCAUUGGCCCUAAUGACUGCUUCCUGAUAGUCACGAUAAAAUAGUUCAGCUUUGAAGGAGUUUCACAAAUCAUAUUAUAUAACCCAGAAGGGAGGCUGGUGUGCAACUUCCUUAUGUAAACUCCCACGGAUGAAGACCAGCACUGGCUCAGAAUCAGAGUCAGAAGCAAAUGUUGCCAGGCAGUCAGUUGGGUGUUGUUAGCUAGAUUCAUCCUCACUGAUCAGGGGGUCCCUUUUAAAACUAAAUAUUUAUGAAAUAGACAUAAAACUUCAAAGGAAUGCACUUCUGUACAGCUUUUAGUGAUUACUCUUCCAAAUAUGGUCACUUCUGGCUUUAAAGAGUGUGGCGUGACAGUGUCCAGAAGCAAAAGUCAAGUUAGAUCAAACAAAGAUUGUUCCUGCAAAACAGCAGAAUCACAAAAUGGGCAGUUCAACCAACACAAUAAGAAGAUAUU